AUGGCGCGGGGUGCAAUUAGGAUCGGAUCGGACCAUGCAAUGAUCAAUUAAGGAAGGAAAUAAGAUUUUGAAAUUGACGUUCAUCAUCGCGCUGCCUAAAAAGGAUCGCUCUCUCAAGUCUCAUGCAUCCCCGGGGACAGCUGUAAAUUUGAAAUAUGUGACUCUCCACGAGUAUGCCUUUGUCAGGCUGAAGACCAUGUUCUGAAGGACAGUAUUCAAUGUGGAUUGACUGAUAAUCAGGUUAUCAAUUUUGAUAAUGAUAUACUACAAGCUAUGAUCAAGCACCUUGUAUAAACUCGGUGACUGGGAGAGUUUAAAGGGGUCUGCUGAUGAGACUAAGACCAGUUUACAUCCAAGUGACAAGGUUAAUUUUUGAUGAGCCACACCAAAUUCACAUUAAUGCCUGAUAUUAAGCCUGAUAGACUUCAUGUAAAUGUGAAAUCAAACAUGCUGGACCUGCCUUGACACUCGGAUGUGCAUGUAGGUUAUAUGUACACAUCAUCACAUAUGUCACUCGUGUAGAUGCAAUUGUAGACAUAUCGUGAUUGUUUUAAGCUUAAGAUAAUGAAAGGAGAUAACGUUAUCAGUUGAAAGCCAGAAAUGGCGAGGGAGAACUUUGUGGCUUCUUUUAACAUGCAAACUACCUAGAGGGGUGGUAAUUCUUCUUGAUAACAUUGUUUUAGCAUCAUAGUCACUGUCACAGUGGCUUCAUGAACAGAGCUGCAUUGUGAAACUGUAGGCACCAGCUACAACAUGGUUUUGAAGUGCCUCUGUCUGGGAUCAAUGCUAUCUAACGGCCAAUCCUUGAGCUGCUGCCACUGCUGCAUGUCCGCAGCGGGGGGUGGGGUUUCCGCCGCCGCCUCUUCAACUCCAGGACAUGCAUGCCACUUUGGGAGUUUGGCCUGCUGUUCGAGACUGCCAUGCUGUUCAAGGGAGCUGGUUGUGAGCGCCGGGGCUUCAGGUCCAAGGUCAUGUCUGUCAUCUGUCGUUGGGAAGCUCCCUUGCGUGAAGGUGUGUCCUAGGUUAACAGCGUAUUCAGCCAUCUCGCUCAUUGGUUUAUCAACGUUUCUCCUUUUCCAGCAAGAGGUGGAGUUAAUUCUAUCAUGGUUGCUUGACUCCGGUGAUGCCGAGAGCUUUCUCUUCUUUCUUGUUCUCUUCAUCUUCCUCUCCUUCCCCAUGACGUGGGGCUAUAUCCUGGUCAACAUUGUCGCCGGAUACCGCUUCGGCCUCGCCUUUGGAACAUUUGUUGUGAUAGUGACAGUAGCCAUUGGCUCCGUGUGUGCGCUACUUGUGUGUAGGACGUUACUUAGUUCCCUGAUAAGACGGAACCUGAUGACUGAGAAGCUAGAGAUGAUUGUUAGGGUGGUGGAAGGUGAUCAUGGAUUCCAAGUUAUUGCUCUGACGAGAUUGACCCCGAUACCCUUUGGGAUACAGAAUGGAGUCUUUGCUCUGUCCAAUGUCCGUGUAUCAACAUUCAUGUUAGCAUCAUUCCUGGGCCUUCUACCUACCCAGUUUCUCAAUUCCUACAUGGGUUCGUCCCUUCGUUCCGUCCAAGAUAUACAGGAUCAACAUUCAUCUUCCUUGUUCUUUAUAGCUCAGGUACUUUUCAGCUUUUUCCUGUCGGUGUAUGUGUUAAGAGUGGCCCAGAGAGAGCUUCACAGGAAACUAGAUGACCACCAUCAUCAUACCAUGCCAACUCCAAUACCGUACCAAGCAGCCGGGUCAUCUCAGGACAAGGUCAAAGGUCAACCUUCAGAAAAACAACUGGAGUUGAUGAGUAAUGGCCAGACGUAUUCCCAUAACUCUCAAUGCAAUGAGUCUCAAGCAAUUUUUAUUGUAUAGCGUAUGUGUUCCAGAAAAAACAAAUGCACCUGAAAGACUAUUCCUACCAAUGGAUCAUUAAUCAGAUUUUAUCUUUCACAAAUAUUUUUGAAAUCAUAUUUUGUACGUCAUGUAUAUAAUACUUCAGAUUUUGUACUUGAUCAAAAGUAGCAUUCCAUAUGUGUGUUAAAAAGAAAAGAUUGUCAUUCUGAAAUGAGCUUGGGUAGUAUGUCAAUAUACAAAUUGUACAAAUAUUCAGAUUGUAACUCGGUUGCUUAAUGAGAGAUGAUUUUGGUCAAGUUUGAUCAGCAAGUCAAAAAUUUUCUGCUAUAACUUUUUUUUCUAAGGGUUAUGAAUCGUAUUUCAUAAGAAGAAAGGUUGUGGGUGUAGUGGUGUGCAUUAUAAGAAAAUAUAAGUUUCCAUAAACUUUGAUAACCCUUUUCAAUCAACUCGAUAUUUGAUACUAAAAAGUGAAAGGGGUGUAGAAUUCCCAUGUAACCACAAUAAGGUUUUGCUGCAUUGUUGUAAAGGGGGAAAA